AGAAACUCUGGCCAAUUAGACGUUCUAAACUGAGGACCUGAAGUUUUCUGUGUUCCACGACGUGUUGUUAGUUCCGCAAAUUUCAAGUAGACUAAUAGGGCCCAACCUAAAGAAGCACAAAAGUUCUACUGCAAUCAACGAUCUCAAACAUUCAAGAGCGAACAUUUUCGCACUUUUACACUUGGGUCACCAUACCCAGUCACCAGGAUGCCUUUGGUGACGCGGAACAUCGAGCCGCGGCACCUCUGCCGUCAGUCACUGCCCAACAGCAUCAAGAGUGAACUUGAGUGUGUGACUAACAUCACUCUUGCCAACAUCAUCCGUCAGCUGGGCUCUCUGAGUAAAUAUGCUGAGGAUGUGUUUGGAGAGUUGUUUGUCCAAGCCAGUACAUUUGCAGUGCGUGUGAGCACACUUGGGGAAAGAGUGGACCGCCUGCAGGUCAAAGUCACACAGCUGGACCCCAAAGAGGAGGAGGUCUCUCUGCAGGCGAUUACCACCCGUAAGGCCUUCCGCUCCAGUCUGACCCAGGAUCAGCAACUCUUCAAGCGACACUCCUUGCCCGUCCCUGUGCAGGAGACCUAUCUGAUCUGUGAUGAGCCUCCACCGCUCAACAAUCUCAGCUCAUACAGGGAUGAUGGCAAAGAGGCUCUGAAGUUCUACACAGAUCCGUCGUACUUCUUUGAACUCUGGAAAGAAAAGAUGCUGCAGGACACCAAAGACAUCAUGAAGGAGAGACGCAAGCACAGGAAGGAGAAGAAGGAUGUGGGGAACCGCAGGAAUCAAAACCCACGCAAGAUUAAGACCCGCAAGGAUGAGUGGGAACGGCGCAAAAUGGGGGAGGAGUUUGUUAUGCCCAAAAGUGUUGAUUCAAGAAACUCAUCUGAGGCUCUGAAUGGCAGUAUGGGCUCAGGUGAUGAUGGCUUCAUGGGCUCUGACAACGACUCCACCGGGUUCGACCCAGGCUCCCCCCUCCCCCCGCCAGCUCCUGAUGAUUUGCCUCCUCCCCCACUCGACAUGUACCCUGACAGUGGGCCACAGAAGCGCAGCAGUCUUUUAAGUCCCGCCCACCCACCUCCAGCUCCUCCAAUGGCUUCCCCUACUCCUUCACGUCCUAGCCUGGCCCCACCCCCAGCCCCACCCCCUCCUCCACCAUGUGACAUGGCCCCACCCCCUCCACCACCUGGCUGGGACCCCACCCCUCCAACUUCCUCUCCCAUGUCCACCUCUCCUCCUGCACCCCCACCUCCCCCCAUGGCAGGGGUUCCACCUCCUCCCCCUCCUGGAGCGGCUGCUGGAGGCCCACCCCCUCCUCCUCCUCCUCCUCCCCCACCAGGUCCUCCCCCUCCUCCCUCUGCUGGACCGCCUCCCCCUGCUCCGGCCACCUCCUCUGCAGCCCCUAGCAAACCUAAAGCUCAGCCUGCUUCUGACGGUGAUCCAGGACGCAGUGACCUCUUGUCGGCUAUACGUCAAGGUUUAAACCUACGCAAGGUGGAGGAGCAGCGGGACCAAGAGAAGAGGGACACUGUGGGCAAUGAUGUGGCUGCCAUCUUGUCUCGUCGUAUUGCCGUAGAGUGUAGUGAUUCUGAGGAUGACUCAUCUGAGUUUGACGAUGAUGAUUGGUCUGACUGAGACCUUCUAUCUGUGUGGGUCUCCAUGUGUGUAUGUGUACGUGUGAGUCUGGAUUUCUGUGUGUGUGCGCGAUCAUGGUCUCACUCACACAACCUGUUUUUCUCAUUUAAAAAAAAUGUCGUGUUCACCUUCAAGACCAACCAGCAGCAUUGUAUUGACAGGACACUUGUGUGUGUGUAAUGUGUGUUGCUUGUGUGUUAGCUCAUAUGAAAACAAGAGGAGCCAAUUAUGCCAUUCUUUGCCAUUUUAAAGUAAGUAGGAGAAUCAAAUAGAACCUCCCCGUCCCUUCACAGAGGCAAAGUAGUUAAAGUAAUCAGAUACCAUGUUUUCAUUUCGGCUGUGGUAUGGCAUACAGCAGUCUCGGUUGGUUUUGGACCAGAUAGAUACUGGUGUUGAGCAGAGUAAUGUCCAUUCCCAGACGAAUAUUCUUUCCUAAAACUGUGUGGAAGUCAAGGAAUGUUUGUAUGUGUGAAAUAGAUGGUGUGUGUGAAACAGAUCUACGUUUGAGUCAUCUGAGAAUUUUUGUAUGUUGUUUGAGGAUAUAGCUCUUACUGGGUUGAUGAAAUGUUUAUGAUUUACUUUUUCAUAAUGUUGCUUGGAUUUCAUUGUAACCUUAUAUAGACACACAGAUCAUGUGCGAAUCUGUUUAUUGACAUUUUUUUCUACAGAGAAAUCAAAAGAUUUAAAGAUAAACUUUUAUAUCUAUUCAUUUAUUUUGUACACAAUGCUUUAGCCGUUUUCAUCGGUGCAGCUCUGACCUGCACUAAUGACCUUGUCCCAAAUGUUGCAUCAUGGGAUUGUCUUUUCAGUGGUUUUUACUGGCUCUGUUGCCACCCAGUAGCCAAGUUGGGACCAAUCCAGAGAUACAUUCUAAAGUGCCUUUUAAUGUACUAAGUGCCUUACCUUUCAAAGCCAAAGCUUGAUGUCGCCCCUCUGUCUAUGCCAACUCUGUAAUCAGACAACCAGUAAAAUAUAUAUACUUGACUUCUAACGUUUGCAUAUAUGUUGAGGCUUUUUACAUGAUCAGUUGAGUAAAAUAAACAAGAUUAAUGUACA